AUGACCACUCAGCUACCAGAGGAGUCCGUGGAGACCCAGAGCUCAGACGAGCUUGAGUGCAAGAUCUGUUACAACCGCUACAACCUGCGGCAGAGAAAACCCAAAGUGCUGGAGUGCUGUCACAGAGUGUGCGCCAAAUGCCUUUGCAAGAUCAUAGACUUCGGUGAUUCCCCACAAGGAGUCAUAGUGUGCCCGUUCUGCAGGUUUGAAACGUGCCUGCCAGACGAUGAGGUUAGUAGUCUUCCUGACGACAACAAUAUCCUUCUGAAUUUAGCUUGUGGGGGAAAGGGAAAGAAGUGCCUACCAGACAACCCAACAGAACUGUUGUUGACUCCCAAAAGGCUGGCAUCUCUGGUUAGCCCUUCUCACACCUCUUCUAAUUGCCUGGUUAUAACAAUCAUGGAAGUACAAAGAGAAAGUCCCCAGACUCUGAACUCAACCCCCGUGGUGGAAUUUUACAGGCCUACAAGUUUUGACUCUGUUGCAACUGUGUCUCACAACUGGACAGUGUGGAACUGCACAUCUUUGCUCUUCCAGACCUCGAUUCGGGUGCUAGUGUGGUUGCUAGGGCUGCUGUACUUUAGCUCCUUGCCUUUAGGGAUUUAUUUACUGGUAUCCAAGAAAGUCACCCUUGGGGUUGUCUUUGUAAGCCUUGUUCCUUCGAGCCUUGUUAUUCUCAUGAUUUAUGGCUUUUGCCAGUGUGUUUGCCAUGAAGUUCUAGACUGCAUGUCAUCUUGAUAACAAAUGCAGUAAAAAAAGGUGUAUUACCAGAUGUGUAGCAUAGUUGAUUUAUCCUGUUUUUGUAUUCUUUGUAUUCUUAUUUAUUAUUAUUGUCCAUCCCACUAAAUGGAAGCAGUGGCCCUAGUUACAUGGUCCCUUUUUUUCCAACUGAAUUUGACAUCCCUCACCCCAAGCAUUUUUUGAGCUAAGAACUGGAAUAAAAAUUACAUGUUGAUUUUGAAGGGCUGAAUUUUAGAAAGGCAUAAAGCAAAAUCACCAAACUUGGUGCCUGCUGCUGCUGCCACUGUUUAAAUGAGUAGGACUUUGUUUUGUAUUGGACUGAUCAAGUCAGUUCAUGCUGUAGGAUUCACCCAGGAAGAAAUUACUGUAGCAGACACCUUCCAGAUGCAAGUACUGCAUCUCUUCACCCAAAGCAUCUCAUGCUCUGAAAUAUCUGUUAUUUAUAAACCAUAAUCAUUUACAGAAAAUUAAAUCACUCUAUUAGUUAGUAUUAUAAGAAUAAUAAAACAAACUACCAAUUUUUUAGUUCUUGUUACAGCAAAAAUACUUGUGGGAGGCCAAUAUUUUUUUUUUAAUGUUAAAAACCUGUCUCCAGAACACUUUCCCCAAAGAGAAGCCCAAUUUUCCUUGUCACAGAGUUGCAGCUCACUGUGAAAUAUUCCUGCUAAUGAGUACUUCUGGGGACGCAGCCACGUGUUUGCUGUUCUCCAGGUGCACUUAUUUCAGUGUACACACCUUAGGCGUCCCUCUGAGGGUUCAGAGCUCUGCAGAUUUCUCUAGCUAUGUUCUGUUAUGCUUACCCUCCCUCCCAGCAUUGACAUUUCCAAGCCACCAGUCCUUCCUAGUGGAUGACCAACCUCAUGCACAUCUACUCUGUGGUAGUUGUUCUGGAGAAUUUGGCUUAUGUGACUUUAGCUAUCAAGAUAGACUUUUAUUCUGAACCAUUAGGAAACAGAUCUUCAAUCAGUAACACAAAUUCGAGGAAAAAAAAUCUGAAAUGGUUAACUGGGGUUUUGUUUGGUUGA